AUGGCAAGGGCAGCCUUCUCUGAGGAUGGGGCCCUGGUGGAUGGUGGAAUGGAUCUCAACAUGGAGCAGGGCAUGGCAGAGCACCUUAAAGAUGUGAUCCUGCUGACAGCUAUCGUGCAGGUUCUCAGCUGCUUCUCUCUCUACAUCUGGUCCUUCUGGCUCCUGGCUCCAGGCAGAGCUCUUUACCUCCUGAUUUCACUCCGCAAAGACUUUCCUGCUAACCUCCUCUUCAGCAGGACUUCUAGUGAGAGCUAG